AAGAUGUUUAUCGGAGGGCUUAAUUGGGAAACAACGGAUGAAUCAUUACAACAGUAUUUUGCACAGUUUGGCGAGGUGGCGGAUUGUGUGGUUAUGCGCGAUCCUGCCACGAAUCGGUCACGUGGAUUUGGUUUCUUGACUAUGGCUGAUUCUAACACCCUUGAUGCGAUUGUAAACCAGGACCAUUAUCUUGAUGGCAAACGCAUUGAUCCUAAACGAGCCAUCCCACGCGAAGAACAAGACAAGACCGAAAAGAUUUUUGUGGGUGGCAUAUCAGCCGAAGUCGACGAAGAAGAGUUCCAAAACUUCUUUACGCAAUUUGGCACUGUGAUUGAUGCCACUUUAAUGACGGAUCGGGACACGGGCAGGCCACGUGGAUUCGGUUUCAUUACCUUUGAAAACAGCAACGGUGUUGACGAAGCUUUGCGACAACCCGAUUUGGCUAUCAAGGGCAAGCCUAUUGAAGUCAAGAAAGCCAUGCCGAAA